UUUCCCGGUCGCUAUUGGAAGAACCGUGAACUAUGGAAGGCCUCUCUGGAUUGGCUGGGCUAGCCUAGGAAUAAGGAGAACUCUCUUUCUGGCGGUGGGGAAGGGACGGGGGCGAUUGGCGGACGCUCCUGGCAGGAGAGCGCGGAUUGGUCAGGCCCGGAACAGGAGGCGGGGCUGAUAGCCCAGCAGCGGCGGCGGUGGCGGCUGCGGAGCGACCGCGCUGCAGGCCCCGGCAGGGCGCGGCAAGAUGGAGGUGACGGGGGUGUCGGCACCCACGGUGACCGUUUUCAUCAGCAGCUCCCUCAACACCUUCCGCUCAGAGAAGCGGUACAGCCGCAGCCUCACCAUCGCUGAGUUCAAGUGUAAACUGGAGUUGCUGGUGGGCAGCCCUGCUUCCUGCAUGGAACUGGAGCUGUAUGGUGUUGAUGACAAGUUCUACAGCAAGCUGGAUCAAGAGGAUGCGCUGCUGGGCUCCUACCCUGUAGAUGACGGCUGCCGCAUCCACGUCAUUGACCACAGCGGCGCCCGCCUUGGUGAGUAUGAGGACGUGUCCCGGGUGGAGAAGUACACGAUCUCACAAGAAGCCUACGACCAGAGGCAAGACACGGUCCGCUCCUUCCUGAAGCGCAGCAAGCUCGGCCGCUACAACGAGGAGGAGCGGGCUCAGCAGGAGGCCGAGGCCGCCCAGCGCCUCGCCGAGGAGAAGGCCCAGGCCAGCUCCAUCCCCGUGGGCAGCCGCUGUGAGGUGCGGGCGGCGGGGCACUCCCCCCGCCGGGGCACCGUCAUGUAUGUAGGUCUCACAGAUUUCAAGCCUGGCUACUGGAUUGGUGUCCGCUAUGAUGAGCCACUGGGGAAAAAUGAUGGCAGUGUGAAUGGGAAACGCUACUUCGAAUGCCAGGCCAAGUAUGGCGCCUUUGUCAAGCCAGCAGUCGUGACGGUGGGGGACUUCCCAGAGGAGGACUACGGGUUGGACGAGAUAUGACACCCAAGGAAUUCCACUGCUGCAGCUCCUAACUCGGCCACUGACUGCCCCUCCUGUGUGUGCCCAUGGCCCUUUUCUCCUGACCCCAUUUUAAUUUUAUUCAUUUUUUCCUCUGCCAUUGAUUUUUGACACUCGUGCAUUAAAUUCACUAGAAACCCAGAAA